AGUUAUCUAAAUAUUAUUCCAUAGACAUUUUUUAUUUUAAUGUUACUUGUAUUGCUCUUAUUCUGGAACCAACAUGAUCAGGUUGGAAACAUGAUACGAAGGUCAUAUUGUUGAAAAGAAAAAACUACAUAGUCUGAAGUGAAUAUAAAAGAUAAAAUAAAAUUAACUUGAGUAUUUUAUUCAAUCCGAUAUGUCGAGAGUGAUGAUUCUACAACCUUAUAUUCAAUCAUUCCAUUAAAUUAGCAAAGUAUAUAUCACUGGUAAAUUUAAUAAUAGUAAUUAAUCAAAUUUAAUAGAAAGAUAUUUGAUAUAAACAGCUAUCAGAUUAAAAGAAAAAAAUUAAAAAAAAGCGUAGUAUUUCUAUUGUUAGAAGCACAUACACGUGUAUUGUCAGAAGGCUCGACUUAGCUUCUACCAAUGAGAAGCUCAUAUGAUCGGCACACCUUCCUCACCAAUGGCAACGCUCACCAAUUGAGUCAUUUUUCCAUGUGGUUUACAUUUGUGCAUGUAUGAGAAAUCCCACUAUAUUGCCAACAAGAAACAGCUAAUUUCAACAGUAGUAAGUCUCAGUAAGACUUAGUAACUGUAGUUUUAAUAACUGGUUACACGUUUUUUUUUUUUUUUUCAAAGUAGAUUUUUCAAAUCAAUCAUCAUUUAGUGUAUGUGAUAAAUCAUUAUUCUUCAGAAUUUUUAAUAUGUUCCAGACAAUUCAGGGUCUAAAUGCUCGGUUGUUGUUUGCAAUCACUGCCGCGGCAUUGGGUUCGGCAUUUCAACAUGGUUAUAAUACUGGUGUUGUUAAUUCACCCCAAGAGAUAAUAAAAACAUGGAUUGGUGAAGUUAAAUCUAAUAGAACUAAUGAAACAGUUACUGAAGACGAAGUAACAGGAAUAUGGUCAAUCGCAGUUUCUAUUUUUUGCAUUGGUGGUAUGAUUGGUGGAGCUCUAGUCGGUACGAUAGCUGAUAAUUUUGGACGCAAAGGAGGUCUUCUACUCAAUAAUAUUCUAGUUCUCAUAACUGUGCUUUUUGAGGGAUUCUGUAAAAUAGCUGGCAGUUAUGAAAUGAUUAUAAUUGGUCGACUUGUAAUCGGUAUAAAUGCUGGAUUUAAUGCUGGACUAACACCUAUGUAUCUAGCAGAAAUAUCACCAAUGCAUUUGCGAGGAGCUGUUGGCACAGUUUAUCAACUUAUUAUCACCAUUUCUAUCUUAGUCGCACAAAUUUUGAGUAUGGAUAAACUCUUUGGAACAGUCGAACAUUGGCCACUUUUGCUCUGCUUAACUAUUAUACCAGCUAUCUUCCAAUGUGCUACUCUACCGAUUUGUCCAGAAAGUCCAAAGUAUCUGUUACUCAGCAAGGGACGAGAAGUAGAUGCCCAAAGAGCACUAUCAUGGCUUCGGAAUACUAAUGAAGUUUACGAAGAAAUGGAAGAAAUGAAAUCUGAAUAUGAAUCUAUGAAAUUAGUACCGAAAGUUACAUUAAAAGAAAUACUAGUUAAUCCAGCUUUGAGAAUUCCAUUGAUUAUAUCUUUGAUGGUGAUGUUGGCUCAACAACUCUCUGGUAUCAACGCUGUCAUGUUCUUCUCAGAUAAAAUAUUCAGAUUGGCAGGUUUAGGAGAAGCAGCUCAAUCAGCAACACUUGGUGUUGGAGCUAUGAAUGUUUUAAUGACUCUAGUAUCUCUCGUACUUGUUGAAAAAUACGGACGUAAGACUCUGCUUUUAAUCGGUUUUGGUGGAAUGGUGAUUGAUACAGCUUUACUCACUAUUUGCAUCGGUUAUGCUCAAUCAGGCAACGCAGCAGCAUCUUACUGUUCUAUCAUUUUCGUCAUCAUGUUUGUGGUUAUUUUUGCCAUUGGACCCGGAAGCAUACCUUGGUUCUUAGUCUCCGAACUCUUCAAUCAAUCAGCAAGACCUGUCGCUACUUCAAUAGCUAUUGCUGUUAACUGGGGAGCUAACUUCAUCGUCACUGUAUCAUUCCUGCCGUUGACAAAACUUUUAGAUACAAAUGUAUUUAUAAUUUUUGUUGUCAUUCAAGCUCUUUUCACAGUUUUCAUUUGGAAGAAAGUACCAGAAACGAAAAACAAAACAAUUGAAGAAAUUAGUAGCAUGUUUAGACAAAUAUCUUAUCAGUAAUGAAAUAGAUUAGAUUUUAAGUAUGAAAUCUUAAUGAAUAUUAUAAAAUGGAUUGAAGGGGAUCAAUUAAUGAUAAAUUGAUCCUUAGAUAAGUCUCACAGUUCAUCAUUUUACAUAGAAUAAGCUUUUUAUUGAUUACAAUAAUUUUUUUAUAUAUGCAUAUGAAAUAUGUUGAACUGGAAAAUAUUAAUAUCACUGAUUUUUUCAAUUGUAAUCAACAAAUUAAUUCCUUAAUAAUUUUGAACUGAAAUUUUUAUAUUUGACAGUAGAUAUAUUAUUGUCAAAUAUAAAAUUACAUACUAAUGACAGGCAGACUCAAGAUAGAUCAAGGCUCUAAUUAUAGAAUAUAAAAUCAAACGAUUUUAACUCUAGUCAUCAACUCGAUUCACUUUUUAUUUUAAUUCAGAUUUUAAAUAUUUUUUACAUUAAUAAUUUAGCAGUUUUUAUCAAAUUGAAAAGAAAACCAGACGUCGUCAAAGUUCAUUGAAUGAUAGUAUUUUGGAGCAAGUCCAGCAGAGACUUGAUACCAUAUUAGGCUGAUUUAUUAUCGAUUGUGGCGAUUUUAUUGUUUUUAGUAUUUUCAUCGAUAACUAUUGGAGAUUAUUUAAGAUAAACAACGAAAAGCAUUGCUUGUAUGAAGCUUACUAUAUGAUAAUUUUAUUAUAUGAACUGUUUCUCAUAGCAAAUAAUGUUCGUUGUAUUAUCUUAGUGUACAAAUGUGGAGUAAUUGUAACAGUAUACAUGUAGUUAUCUACUCAUAAAUGUUCCUGUCAUGGUUAUUGUAAAUAUAGAGUGGAUGUUGGUAAUAUUAUUAUACUUGAAUACAGAGAAAAUUCGUUAAAUCUAUUUUUGAAUGAGAUAUCGAAUUAUCGUGUACAAUUGUUAUGAUGACAAUUCCAUUAAGCAAUUAUAAAUCUCAUUAUAUUUAAAAAGAAUAAUUUAAUGAUGUUAUUCACUGUUUUCAAGUUAGAUCAUUAAAUUAUAAUUUUAUAAUGAAUUAAAUACUCAUUCAUAGUUAGAUUAGUUUAUUAUGAUAAUAUUGCACUAUAAUUUUUUCAUUAAAUG